AUGGCCAAUAAUCGUGAAGCUUUACUCAAAAUGGUAUCUACUUUCCCUUUAAUUGACAAUCACUGUCAUAAUCUUUUAACAUCUGAUGCAUCGUUGACCUGCCCAUUGGAAAUAUGCUUUUCGAAAGCACCUCAAAAUAGUGCUUUAAAACGAUGUGUACGCGUACGCCAGCUUGCUGAAUUUUAUAAUUGUCCACCAACCUUAGAUAAUAUCAAACAAGUGAGGGAUUUAAUGUCAUAUAUUGAUAUAUGUAAAACUUGCUUUAAAUAUACUGGCAUACAGUCCUUACUUUUGGAUGAUGGGCUUGACGCUUUAGGUGGUCUUAUGGAUGUGCAAAGUCAUGUAGGAUUAAUUGACGUAGUGCGAAGAAUCGUGAGAAUCGAAAGUAUUGCAGAAAAGAUCUUGUAUGAUUUAGCAACAUCCAAUCAAAAAGUAUUGAAUUUCUCAGCAUUCGAAGAAUCAUUGAAAAAGCAAUUUGAAAUUUAUGCAAAAUCUGAAUCGGUGGCGGCCUUCAAAAGUAUUGCUGCUUAUAGGUCAGGAUUGAAUAUCAAUUGUGUUCCAAAUCCUGAAGCCACUGCAGUUGCAUUAGGAAACUUUAUUUCGGAUUUUGAGUCAUUACCUGAUAAGAAAGGAUCUGCUAAGUUUAUUAAUAAAGUUCUAAUUGAUCACAUAUUGAACUUGGCAAUCGACAUCGCUGUCCAGCACGAUAUUCCUAUUCAAUUUCAUACAGGCACGCUACAGAAAUAUUGUAUACCUUUGAUUGAAAAAUAUCCAAAUGCAAAGUUUGUUCUUUUGCAUGCGGCGUAUCCUUACACCCGCCAGGCGGGAUAUCUUGCUUCAAUAUAUUCCAAUGUGUAUGUUGACAUAGGUCUUGUUUUUCCUUUAAUUUCCACAUCUGGUCAGCAAGCCAUUUUACGUGAGCUGUUGGAGAUUUGUCCAAGUAAUAAAAUAUUAUUUAGUACAGAUGGUCGUUACCAUCCAGAAUCUUUCUAUGUCGCUGCAAUUCAAGGAAGAGAGGCUUUAAACAAGGUUUUAUUGGAAUCUGUAGAAAAUGGUGAAUUUUCAUAUGAAGAAACAAUAAAAGUCGCCAAACAAAUUAUGUUCGAGAAUUCCAAUAUAUUAUAUAAACUCAAAUUAACACCAAAACAGAUCGAUAGUGAAGAAUAUAAAGAUCUUUCAGGAAAACGAAGAAUUGUUAAAUUAAAAAAAAUGGGUGUGAAAUUUGUUCGUAUCGGCUUUAUGGAAUGUUCUAAUCAAUAUAGAUUUCAUAUCGUUCCCAUUGAUCGUUUCCAAAACUAUAUUAUUAACAGUGGGCUGACAAAUAUGCGGGCAAACACAGCUUUCCCUUAUUAUGGAGAUGUACUUCCAGAAAAUAUUGGUGUCAACGAAGUUGGAGAAUUAUUGUUGAAACCUGACCUUAGUACACUCAUACAUUUACCUUAUAAUCCUAAACACGCAAAUGUCCAGGUUUUCUUUGAAAAUAAAUUGACACCGGCAGACCCUCAAUUUGGAAAGAUUGAUAAUUCACCUAAUUCUUUGGCUUUCCCACUUUGCCCUAGAACUUGUCUUAAAAAUAUUAUUGAAACUGCCCGUAAGGAUCUUGGUAUCACUUUUUUGAUUGGAACCGAAUUUGAGUUCGUCUUACUUAAAGAUACCAUACUUCCGAUGCCCAUUGAUGAUACAGUUUAUGCGGCAGCUAGUUCUUUUCAUAUCUCUAAUUCAUCUGAAAUCCUGGAUAGGAUGGUUGAGUCUUUACAAAAGCAAGGGAUCGAAGUCGAACAAUUUCAUUCUGAUGGACUAGGCAAAUUUGAAAUCGUCACCACACCAGAAAGUCCAUUGAUUGCAGCAGACAAAGUUGUUGUAACACGUCAAACAAUAUAUGAUGUUGCCGCUCAAGCUGGUGUAAAAGCAACGUUUGUACCUAAACCCUUUAAGGAACAAGUGGGAACUAGUGCACACGUGCAUUUAUCUUUCAAAGAAAUUGAAAAGUCCCAGAAAAUUGCUGACGAUCACCCUUCAGGACUAUCUCCCUAUGAGAGGUCAUUCAUUGCUGGUAUGCUGCAUCACAUAAAGGCAAUUUGUGCUUUUGCUUUGCCGACAGACCUUUCUUAUACGCGCAUUGUUGAUAACUGCUGUGCUGGAACUUGGAUCUGUUGGAGUAUUGAGAAUCGUGAAACGCCAAUCAGAGUAUGUUAUAGACCAAAGACUGGUCCUAAUGGAAAGUAUCUUGAUGUUCAUUUCGAAUACAAAUUUGUAGACGGUACUUCCAACCCGUACUUGGUCUUUUCUGCACUUAUUGCUUCAGGAGUUGAUGGAAUCAAUAAAGGAAUGCAGCUUACUACUAAUCCCAUAUUCGACAAUCCUGCUUCUCUAAGCAAUGAAGAACGUAUAGAAAAAGGUGUUACUGAGAGAAUGCCUGCAAGUCUAAUGGAUACAUUGAAAGCAUUAAAGGAAGACAACACACUAACCGACGCUUUAGGUGAGCCCAUAGUACGAUGUUAUACCGGAGUAAAAGAGGAUGAACAUAAAUAUUGUAAAUCAUUAAGCUAUGAAGAACAGCUCAGAAUAUUACUCAAACGGUUUUAA